ACACGGUUUUAUCAUGGCGUAUUGUAAAAUCUUUGUUUACUCAACUCUUACCAUUGAACAGUGAGUGAAUUUGAGUAGCUCCAGUCCCAAAGGGUGAGCUGUAAAAACGAGCAAGACCGCGAGGACGAGGUUGAACCCGAGUCAACUGUGGAUCCUACUCAAAUACAUUCGCAUAGGAAACAUAUAAUACCCUCAGUUCAAGGACUGGCUAUUUAGUUACAUGUAUCUCGGACGAAGCGUCAGUAGCAGAAUGGAAUCCACUAUGCUUGGUACAAAUCUUUUCAAGCGCGUAGAUGUGGGCUUGUUUCUGAUCGGUUGUCUGAUUGCUGUCACCAAUGGCAACGAGCUUCUUUUCCCAUUUGGUGCUGAAGAAGGAGAUGUAUUUCUUGCACCAAACGACGAUGGAAGCUCUGGAGAGAUUCCGAUUUCUAUCCCUUUCCCAUUCUUCGAUCACAACCACGACACUCUCUUUGUUAAUACCAACGGCGUUAUAUCCUUCCUCAUCCAAGUGUCACAGUUUACUCCUUCGCCAUUCCCACUGGAUGGAGACAGGCGAGUGGUGGCAGCAUUCUGGGGUGAUGUGGAUAUCAGGUUUGGGGGGAACGUGGCCCAUCGUGAGCUUCAUCGCACGCCAAGCAAUGAACAAUUGUUUAACAAGGCCGAUAGUAUCAUUAGACGUGGCUUUAUCGACCAGUCUAAGUUUUCAGCAUCCUGGAUGUUCAUCACCACUUGGCAUGAAGUGCCUUUCUACGGAGCCCUUGCUGAAGCCCUUGACAUAACGAACACAUUUCAGGCUUUGCUAGUGACCAACGGGAGACAUUCAUUCGCCGUUUACAACUAUGAUGAAAUUCGUUGGACGACCGGCACAGCAAGCGGUGGGGACAGUUCAAAUGGACUUGGAGGUACUCCAGCUCAAGUUGGGUUCAACGCCGGUGAUGGCUUCACCUUCUACGCUGUUCCCAAAUCCCGAACAGACGAGAUCGUGGACAUCGACGAAGAUUCAAAUGUCGGCACUACUGGGCGCUUUCUUUUUCGGAUUGACAGUGGCGAUAUCGUUGAUUCUGGUUGCAACUCAGAAGGAAGCCUGGCUGUCUUUCCUGUUUCUGCCUCGAUGCUUGGCGGAGAUAUUGUCCACAUUUCGGGGCCAUGUCUCGACGCAUCUUCCAACAUCGUGUGCCGCUUCGCCGGUGUCGAAGUACCUGGAGAAGUAAUAUCCAACACCACAGCCAGAUGCGUCAGCCCGUUGGUAUUUGAAGUCGGUCGUCUGCCGCUGGAGAUGUCAACCGAUGGCGGAGAAUUCUUCAAUUUCACAGGGCUUUUUACGUACCUAAGUCCCGAGGAUACGACUCCGCUUGUCAAACAACAAGAUGCUGCAGAUUGGCUGAACCAGGAAGUACUGACCGUCACAUGGAAUACUGAGCUAUUACAAGGCUAUGUGGACGAUGUUCGGGUCUCUGUCUAUGCCUACGAAGAGAAUUUACUCACAGGAGAACUGAAGUUCCCAUUUGUGUACGCCCUGUACGGUGUCGCCGAGGAGCAAUCUGUGCCUUACAGCGCCGGGCAGUUCAGCUUCAUUCGUCCACGUGCACCUAAUGGAGCCCAGUAUACAGUCGGGGCCAUCCGCGUGUCCCAGUAUGUAGGACAAGAUGAAGUGGCGAAGAACCUGCCGGGGAUGUGGAGCGACAUCCAUAACCUCCACUGGCUCUACCCAGUUCCUGACCCUUCAGCAUGGUGUGGGAAUUGGUUGGAGGAGGCCCAGCUGGACCUGGAGUUCCUUGCAGUAACCGAGCCUUGCCCGUGCACGCUGACCCAGGCUCUGGUAGACACAGGCCGGUUCAGCGAUCACCCUCUCUGCAAUUCCCCAGAGAGUUGCGAGGUGUCGAAGCCCGGUGCCGUUCACUGUGUCAGGGUCGACACCGCAAGUGAGCUGGGAAGUGGGCAAGAGUGUUGCUAUGGCAACGACAACAAUAUUCUGGACGUGUUAAAGAGUACAGGCGGUGGUUUUGCUCAGCGAAGACAUCACGGGGGCGUUGCACCAUAUAAAGUAGCUGGCCGUGUUCCUUACCUCUCUCAUUGGUUAGCGGAUAUUCUUCCAUUGGAGCACUGCUGUAUGUUCUCGGAGUUGUUUUGUCGGAUGUACAAAUUGAUGCGGCCUUCUCAGACCUGCGAAAACUACGAGCCACCCCGACCUGCAAUUGGAACUGGGGAUCCCCAUCUGUUUACCUUGGACAGAAUAGAAUACACCUUUAACGGCGUGGGUGAAUACACCUUGCUGGAGACCUGUGAUAGUAUGCUGGAGCUCCAAGCGAGAAUGGCCGUGCUGCAGCCAGGUCAGAACGCAACAGUCAUCACAGCUCUGGCGGCAGUUCACAGAAACGAAUCCGACCAAGUCCACAUUGAAGUCAGUGAGCGACGCGGCAUUGAUGUGUGGUUCCGCUCACGAGGGAACGAGAGCGGGUGGUCGAUAGUCGAUUUUGAGGAGACGCAAAUCAGACGGGCCGAGUUGGAGGGCGUGACGGUUCUCUACCGGGAGGUAAACAACUCAGGCGUCAUGGCCAAGAACAUUCACGUAAAUUUUAAAUGUGGAGUGUCCUUAGUCGUGUCCACCGCGUCUGGGUUGCUCAACGUGUUCACCGCGCUGCAGGAAAAACUGAAGGGACGAACCAGAGGACUGUACGGCAACUGGAAUGGAGACAAGAAUGAUGACUUUGAGAGACCCAACGGCACGAUGCUUCCGAUCAGUGCAACGGCAGAGGAGAUACACUAUAAAUUCUGUCAAAAGUGGCAAAUAGAGCAAGAGGAUUCCUUGUUCAGAUACCCAGCAGGGAAGGGUCCAUCGGAUUACAGAGAUGAGUCCUUCAUACCGGUCUUUUGGUCAGAGAGUGAUCCCAUUGACGAGAACGUUUUAGAGAUAUGCGGAAACGACACCCGCUGUGCCUUCGACUACGCUGUGACAGGCGAUGAAAACAUCGCCAGGGCUACAAGGGGAGCAGUUGCCAGCUACAAAACUGCCAUUGAAAGUGCAGAACUAGUGAUAUGUGGUACCCUUGACGUGCCUCCUAAUGGCAGGAAAGAGGUGUCUCGCAGCAGUGUUGGCGGUGAAGCUGUCUUCUCUUGUGACAAGGGAUACACCUUACAAGGAGAAAGUGAACUGGUGUGUCAAGAGGAUGGACAAUGGAGCGGAAAAGUACCAACAUGCAGGUCUACUGCUAAAUCGCCUUCAGAUCCUGGCCUGGAAAAGUGGCAGCUGGCUCUCAUCAUCGUCGUUUCAUCCUUGGUGCUGAUUCUUGGGGUGACUGGAAUAUUUGUGGCCGUCAAGAAAAUACGCCCCAAAGUUGAUGUCGUUCAAGAGAUUCAUCUGAACUCAUAAGGGUAAGAUAUCCCAAGCGCCUGACCCACAUUGCUAUUUGAAACCAUUGUUUUACCAGACUAAUUACGCACCUCAUCAUUUUACUCUACGGUUUGGUAAAAUUCUUCUUAAAUUGCUGUUACAUAAGAGACUUUAGGACCUGAGACGCAUGCUAUCUGGCCCUUUUGCGAAAAGACUGUAAAUCUUUAAAUGAAACUAUCUUGUGCUACUUAUGAAUAAUAAUUAUUCACAGCAGACAUGAUCAGAGUCCACUGUCAAACGUCUCGGCAAACAAUUUGAGUAUGCUGCUCUUAAAAGCCAACCAGAAGAUUGUCGGGCGCUUGUCAAAGACAAAUUUGUGUCAAGGAAGUUUGAAUUUGGAAAAAGUCAAUCAUUCAUUUGCACUUAUUCUGACAAGAUUUUAAAAACACAGAAAUUGAAAUACUGGUGAAUAACGCUUCGAAGAAAAAGAGGAAAAUAGACGACAAUUUAGGAUAUUUUGGUCAGCUCCUUGUGAAUGCGAUAAGAGCAUUCAUUCUUGCAAAGUCAGUGGUGGUAUACCAGAGUGGCGUAAGAAGUCAUGUUUUAGACGGUAUUAUGUUCGUUUACGAGCGUACACGUUCUAAUCGUUGAUCAACGAGGGGCACUGGGGCCUAGAGUGGAUUAAACCUCUUCAACUGACGAAAUAGAUCAUGAAAAUAACAUGAAAAGUUUUUUUAGAGAUAAAAAAGGAAUAACGGAACGUCCCUGAUUAAAGGCUUUCACAAAGAUCACUGCGUGUGUGCGUCAAGUUUUGACACUAGGAAAUGGGGUUUGGUCUCUUACAUAUCUUUAUUCUUUAUGAGGACUCUCCAUUAUUUACCUAGAAGAUAGGAUGAUAUAAAAGAAGGCCUAGUCCUCAUUCAUCCUUGCCACAGCAAAGCUAUAGCUGCCUGUAGGGAGGGGUUUCUGUGUAAAUGCAUAUAGAUAAUGUAGUACCUAAUAAUGCUCGCUAAAUGAAUUAUGCUCAUUACAGUUGCAAAAUUGAAAAUUUGAAAAUGCAAAUUGCAAAUUGACUUUUGGUUUCUGUUCUGUUAUUUUUUUUCUCCCAAAUGUGAUGUCAUUCAAUCGAAAAGUUCAACAUAACUCUAGUACUGUUUUUCUCUCAAAAUAGUCAUUUUUAGUAGAGUGCUCUUAUCAUAAACUGCAUUUAGCACUUAUUUUCUGCUGCGUGGAGAACUUUCAAAACUGUUAAUAAAAUAUUUCAAAAUGUUCCUCUUUGACAGUUUGAGGAUUAAUCCUGAAACGCUGACUGGCACUCAACGAUGGUUAGAAUAUACAUUAGAUAGAUGCUUAAUUAUAUACGUUUGUUCUCUGUAAGUAAAGGUUUUCAGUCACACCUAAAUUACGUUCAUUUAUUAAUAAUAUACUUUACUUCAUUUUUAAAAAUAUAAUUAAAAAAAGCUUCGGCUGUAUUUAUAGAUUAUAGUUCAGGCUUUACUCAAUUUUUUUUUUCACUUUUUGCAACGGCCGCUGUAGACAUAGAAGACAAGCCAAGCGUAUAGGCUUCACAUAUUUUGAGUGCCAAGCUUGCUGUGAUGUUUGAAUAAA